GAUUUCAUGAGUAGUCUCUGAAGAUCAACGGAUACAAUGCGUCUCCCCAUAAAACUAAAACAUAAAUGGGGUCGCUAUGAAAAUAUCAUAUACUAACAGAUCCUAAAGACGCAUCCGAGUAGGAUGGCUUUCGAUUCUUUUUCUCGUUAUGUCUUAAUAUGGACAACGAUACUAGUCGGCUUCAUCGCCGCCGUCGAGCUCGGCGAUGAUAUCCAGGCUUUUGUUCCGACGUGUGCUCAACCGUGCCUGGAAUCCUUCAUACAGGGCAACUUCCCAUCGUCAGGGUGUACAUCGAACCCAACAUUGGAAUGCCUAUGCACAGCGAAGUCAAGUUCAGGAUACACACUUGGAGAGGGGGCACUGCAGUGUAUCAGUGCAGAAGCACAACAAGGAGUGUGUGAUGAAAACGUCACUGGUGGUUCCGUGAAGCACGAUGCCUAUCUUAUGUGUUCUAAAAUAGCAAACGCAUUGCCUAACACACAUUCUGUCCUGACAGCUACUAUUGCCGAUAGCCCAACCGGAGGCUCAGCAUCGAUCGUGUUAUCGCCAACAGAGACUGAGGCCGGCACAGUGACAUCUAUCCUGGCUCCUACAGCAUCUAGUACGAUGUCAAUGGCGGCUACAACAAACCCAGCAGCUCCUUCAUCGACACCUUCCUCGGCACCUUCUCUUAAUGGUGCCCAGGUUGCCGGAAUCAUUGUUGGCGUUGCUGGGGCUAUCAUCAUUACGUUCAUUGCAAUCCUCAUCGCUAGACAUUUUCGCAAACGGAAUUAUCCAGAUCUUGAGGGUGGACUUCUCCAGAAAGAAGAUGAUAGGAAUAAGCCUGGAACCUCAAGUUCGAAGAACACCGGCCCCAUGGUUAUAUCGGCACCUUUCCGUAGAUUCUCUACUGCUCAUCCGGAUCCACGACCAUAUCGUACACCACCACCACGGUUUCCUAGUCCUCCAGGAAAUCCUAUCUCGCCCAACAAUCCCUUUCAUACGCCUAAUCCCAACGAGGAAUACGUUGGGCUCGCCGUCUCUCGGUCCCAAAAUUCAACUCCUGCGGUAUCUCCAGAUAUCCCAGCUCGUAGGCCACGUUCACGACUUCUUCCAGCCAAACCGGCAUUAAGCGUGAUGAUCCCCCCGGUCCGACCUCCUCCUCCGCCGGAACCCCUAUCACGACCACGGGAUGCGGUUACGCGAAUGGCCUCUUCACGGACGCAACGUACUGAUAGGACAAGCAUUAUGACGGCCAAUACGGCAUUUGCUGACAUAGACACCGAAGUUGUGGAAGGAGAUCAGGUAUUGCAGCGGCCACGGGCACCAGAAAAUGAGCCUCAGUCGAGAACACCCCUGUAUUUCGAUGAUAAUCGGGGAAAUUGGGUGUUGAACAAAAAUAAUUCUCAGACUCAGUUAAUACAACUUACGGAGGUGGCAGAACUGGACACGUACACGCCGAUGACGAAAUCACCACAAGAGAUAAGGGAGGAAGAAGCUAUAAAAAUGGCUGCAGCAAUUUCGGCUGCUUCUGCGCUACCCAUGAAACCUCAACCGGCAUUCUUAUCCCAGGAGCAUAACGAUGAACCACUCAACCGUUCAUCAAGUGUUUAUUCGCAGGCCAGCGCUGUUCGCCGGAAUUCCCGAUUUUUAGGCCGCACGAGGAAUAACUCUCGAUUCCAGAAGAGCAGCACGGCUCAACUCAAUCGAUCAGACACGAUGAUGACUCAUGAAUCCGCUACAACCAUCAACACUUGCUCAUCUAGCCCACUUGAUGAAGAAGUUCCUUUCGACCAUCUUUCAACGGUCACAGAAUCGCCUGGAAUGACGCCAAUUAGGUAUCCAAAGAUCUCAGAACGGCUCAACCGAAUGGACCUACAAGUCAAUUUACCAAAGAGACCAAGCUUCGCGACUUCACCCCCAGGCCAACCUAGCCCAACAUUAAAGGGUGCUGCUCUCCUCGAUGAGGGAACUAGCUCGGUUUAUCCACAACCCCUGAAAACUAGGCGACCACAGAAGUCGCCAACGCCGAGUACAGUGGUUCCAGAUUCUGAGGUUGAUUUACCAAGGCCACGGCUUGAUGAAGGCCGAUCGCUAACCCAGAACCCUCUAUCACGCUUCUCACCAAAGGCUCCCGACGCCGAAGCACAGUUUUCGAAAUCGAAUCAUCCCGACAGACUUCGAACACCGCCAAUGCAAACAACUAGCUCGGGAUUUUCGCCUAAUCCUUCAAUUUCUGAGAAGUUUCCAACACCAUCUCCCCUAUCAUCGCGCUUUGGCAAUGUGGAAGGACGUCCCCAUGUAGCGCGUGCCGUUUCUCCUCUCAGCUUCAAAGCAAAAGACUCGGCGCCUUCAGGCACUAGCGCGCUAUUGGCCAAGCGAGUUGGUAAUGGAAAGGCAGCUGCGCUAGCGCUCGUCCCGGGUAACAAGAAGGACCGAUGGAAGAUGCAGAGGGACCAACUUACCCCAGAUACCGCUGGUCUUUCUUCACCUAAAGGCUCCUUACCUCAUACGCCAACGUGGCAGCCGAAGUUGACUCCGACAAGACAUGGCGAUGACCUGUACCUAAACGUACAGUGACGGAACCAUUGCAAUCUGAACUGUUUAUUAAUUACUACACGGCGUCGUAUACGGAGCAUGCUUUCUCUUUCUCUCCUUUAACCAAUCUUUUAGCGGCAUUCUGCAUUACCUAUCAUUGGUCAUACUGCAUCAUAUAUACCCUAUUUGCGGCUUCAGUCGAACUACUUUCGCUUCUAUUUCAUUAUGGUUACCAUUAUGGUGGCAUUGUACAAAUAUGUAUCAUAUUUAAGGGCACAUGUAUAAUUUUUUUUUAAUGUGCGGCAUCUGGAAAAAUGAUCCAGAUUUUGGGUACAGGAAAACA